UACAACGACCUCUUAUCUCCAUUCUUUUCAAAGUUAACCACACUGAAAGCAGCUGGUAAAGCGGCUAACAUUUAGCUAGCAUCGGUGUUACCGUGUACCUUAAUAGCACAAGUCAACAACCAAGUCAUUCAGAUUGUUAACAAAGGGUACCCAAGUGAAAGAUGUCAUCAUUAAGCCUGACGCUCCCAGCACACUGCUCUUGGACAAACAUGCUGACUACAUCGCUGCCUACGGCAAUAAAAAGGAUGAAUAUGAGUACACGCUCUCAGAGUACUUGAGGAUGAGCGGGAUCUAUUGGGGGCUAACGGUGAUGGAUCUGAUGGGCCAACUGCCUCGAAUGAACCGCCAGGAGAUCAUAGACUUCAUCAAAGCCUGUCAACACGAGUGCGGAGGCUUCAGCGCCAGCAUUGGACAUGACCCCCACCUGCUCUACACACUCAGCGCCGUCCAGAUCUUGUGCUUAUAUGACAAUGUGGAUGCGAUUGAUGUGGACAAAGUGGUGGAAUAUGUCAAAGGGCUGCAGCAGGAGGACGGCUCAUUUGCAGGAGACAAAUGGGGAGAAAUAGACACAAGGUUUUCCUUCUGUGCUGUUGCUACACUUGCAUUACUGGGAAAAAUGGACAUGAUAAAUGUUGACAAAGCUGUAGAGUUCGUCUUAUCUUGUAUGAACUUUGACGGAGGUUUUGGCUGCAGACCAGGUUCAGAGUCUCAUGCUGGCCAGAUUUACUGCUGCACUGGUUUCCUCUCGCUUACCGGUCAGCUGCACCAGGUGAAUGCUGACCUGCUGGGCUGGUGGCUCUGCGAGAGACAGCUGCCAUCUGGAGGCCUCAACGGACGGCCUGAGAAGCUUCCAGAUGUGUGCUACUCAUGGUGGGUGUUGGCAUCGCUGAAAAUUAUCGGCAGGAUUCACUGGAUCGACAAGGCCAAGCUGCGAACGUUUAUUCUGGCCUGCCAAGAUGAGGAGACAGGAGGUUUUGCUGAUAGACCAGGAGACAUGGUGGAUCCUUUUCAUACUCUGUUCGGAGUUGCAGGCCUCUCCCUCCUCGGAGACGAACAGAUCAAGCCAGUGAAUCCCGUUCUGUGCAUGCCCGAGGACGUCCUGCAGAGGAUCAGCCUGCAGCCAGACCUCCUCAACUAGCCCUCUGACACAAUUAUCCCCACAUCACACACUCGUACACACACACUGCUGCCCUGCCACCCCUGCUACCCUGCUAGACGUUGGGAGCAGAGAGGAGGACCACCAUACAUUGUUAGCUGAAGUCUACAGGCACUUUAUAGAAGCAGGGUUUGGUCUGUGCUCAGAAAUGACAGACAACAUAACAGAGUUCUGACUCGUUUACUUUGAACCUUUCUGUCUUUAAACCCUGAACCACUCAUUAUUGUUACCAAGACAGUUUUUUUGGGUUCACUGCAAGGAAAGUGGUGAUUUUGAGAAGUGGUUUUAGGUUGUUGUUGAAAGAAUGGGAAAGAGAUAUUUUGAAAUGUAGUCAUCAUUGAAAAUGCCCAAACAUCAUUAAAUAACAUUCCUGAACCUAUUCGCUUGUUGACUAAGUCAGUUUGAGAGAAGACUCGCAGCUGUUAACGCACAGGAAACUGUCGGGAAAUGUAUCAGUCUCUUAUUUCUUUUUUGCUCUCAUCACCUUUUAAGCUAUUCCACUUGCCAAGGAAGUAAUUACUGUAAUUAGUUUUUUGGUUAGAGACUGAGGGAACGGCACUGAUUUCACCCUCUUUUGUUCUGCUAUGCCUUAUUAUAAUAUUCACUAUCUGAGUGACUGAGGAAUUAUUCUGCUUUUCACAACCACUUUGGUACAUUUGACCAUGAAACAGUAGAAGGAUUAUGUGUGGAAGAGCCAGAUUCAGCUGAGGGAGACAGAAAGUAGGAGUUAGGUUUGUGUUUUUACAAGUCACUUGACUUUCAGCGGCCACGUCUUUUUUUCUUUCUCAUUUGGAGCCUUUUAAUGUCCUCACAGAUUCAAAAUAACUUCCAUAUUUGAAAAGCAAGAGCAUGAGAAGAGCAAACUGUUUGCAUCUUGUUUACACUAGAGCAAUCAUACUGACACUGUGGUUGUAAUAGCUCCCAUAGCUGGAGAUGCAACACAGGACAGAGUGUUUUAUGUCCCUGCAUUAAAAUAACUUCAGUUUACAAUAUAGACAGUUAUUUUGGCUGGCGUUGGAGGAAUGAAACACCCAGGGGUAGAACACUGUGGUGUUGUCGUCUCCUGCCAAGAAGUGUGCAACAUCUUUUCCACAGUCUCAGCUGCACUAUUUAUGUAAAUCCUUGAUACUCGGCCUGGCAGUGUCACGCAACCUGGGGCAGACAGGCUAGUUUUGCCCCCACACCAUCUUUCCAGUUGUUAGAUAACUCAGUGUGACAUUACUAUGUAAGUGAAAUAAAUAAUGCAGCAGAUUUUCACAAAUCUGAGUGACUGACCAACACUUUAUUUCAAGUCUCCUAUUUAGCUUUUAUGAUUAUAUAAACAUUUAUGGUUUAUACUGUAAUACACUGUUAUGUAGUGGUAAGCAGAUAUACAGUAAGUGUUUAUUAAUGUAUUAGUAAACCACAACAACUCUUGGGCAUCUGUAAGUGGAGGCUGCUGUAUCAAUGUUGGUAUAUUAAGUUACAGUUGUAAUAAUGUUUUCCUAGGUAAAAUCUUUUCCAAUCACUAAACACAGUGUCCUAUAGCUGCAUACGACUACAUAAGUGUUUUCUAAACAAUUUAUUAAACAUUUUUCACAUGCUAUAAAUACUAAAUAGGGUGGUGUUACCAAUGACAGACAACUGAUAAGUGUAUUAACUGUCAAAAGCUUAGUGAUCACAUUUCUUAAUUAACUGAGCAACUUAAAAUCCUUAAAAACAGCUCAAAACCAAGUCUUUGUGCUGUGGGGCGGCUCUCAUCCAAACAUCAGCUGACUUGCACAUCUAAAUGUGUGCAUGUUAAUGUAAAUUGUUAUUGUGGUUGACAAUAAAUGUACGACUUUCCUGA